CACCCUACGCGCGUGGGGUGGACUCCUGGGGUGGACUUUUAUUCAGCGCGUAUUUUGUAGCCUGUUCAACUUGACGUUUUGAUUCGUUACUAUCUCAAUGUCACAGAUACACAGAAUGUGAGGUGAUCAUCUUAAAGAGAAACGUCUCAGCUUUCACCUGGUGUAAAGUUUAUCUUUGUACUCAAAAUAUAGCUCGCUCAGUGUGCAAUAGAAGUUGACAAUACAAUAACCACGUCUGCGACCGGUCGUCAGAUACCGGAGUGUUGCACAAAAUUGGGUCCCUAAAUUAAAAUUCUAUGACACAGUUACCAUGCAGAAAUGUCUAGGGAAACAUUUGGUGAAAGUUUCAACUCUCUACUAUAAAAAUAGCGAUAGUUAUUGAAGAUAAACCGUGAGAAACUCCCUCUUGUCGAGAUCAACGCUCUAGGAACCUCCCUUCUGUACCACGUGACAAAGAUUUGAGCGUCACGUGGCCGUCACGUGACAAAAGUGUGCGCAUCGGAUGGAGCAGUCUCGUGGGAAAUCCUGAUUGCCUGAUCGAUCUCGUGGGAAAUCCUGAUUGCUACGGAAAGGGCUGACAACCACAGUUAUUUCCCUUCCUCAAUUUUCCAGUUCACUUGCUCAGUGCUGUCAGUUGUUUUUUGUUUGCCCUGCUAUAUAAACUUCACUCCGUCAUAAUCCCCUACUCCCCUAUCCAAUGAACUGUUUCUGUUACAGCUGCCAUUCUGUUGACUGGACCCUAACUUAGUCUUAUCAUUUUCACUUGAUAACUUUAUCCGUGUGCACUUUCUCGAAACUCAACUUAUCUUUGUCAAGACUCAGCUAAUCUCAGAACUAAAUGUUGCCUUAACAGACUUACUUGUCACUGCACUGGGCCCUCCUUUAAAUGCAAAUAUCAUAUGAGCAGCUGAUCGAUUUAUUGCUUGAACUGUGCAUCCUUUUUAAAAAUAAAUAAGGUCAAUUUUACUAUCGUGAAACUUAGUCACUGAAGACAACGCAAUCUGGCUGUGCCGGUUCCCCUCUGCCUAGAUCACUUAGAAUAUCCAUAGUUAGCAAUACUUUUAUCGUUUAAUGCAGCGAUAUAGCCAGUUAUCAAUGCUACAUAGUAGAUUUUAGCCUGUUCCAAUCAUCCUUAUAUCGCGUUAAUGGAAUUUAUGAAAUUGCCUACCGUUCAAAUCGCUCUCUGUUGUUAGCACCACACUGAUUAACUACGAUGUUCCAAUUUUUUAGAAUUAUGUCCGACAUAAUUCUAAUUUUUGCUGUUACAGCAGAUAGUUAUGGUGUAAUGGCACGCAGGAAUAAGUCAUCCCUGUCCUCCAAAAAGCCCAUGAAAAGGUAUUUGGUAAGCUAUGUCUUUUCCAAUAUCAAAUCCAAUGUAUCACAAUCUGUGGACUUUCUACUCAAAAACUAGAUUGAUUAAUUGAUAAUUCAUUGCUGAUUGUUCACGCGCCCUGUAUGGAAGUAUAUAAAUGGUAAUCCGCAUACUCCAGGAAGAAUUGAAGCAAUCUCAAAAGAAAAGAAGGGAAUCUGGAUCCUUCGUCGGAUCGUCAAAGAGCUUAGAGGGGAGCUCUACGCUUCACUGGCCAUGCAAAGCAGGGAGAGUGACGGAGGCGGAGGCACUGCUGGCUGCUGGAACGGACAUUAACAAGCUGGACAGAACGCAGUUUAACCCUUUCAUGGACGCGAUCAACUCAGGUAAAUCAUUCGACCGCCUUAACAAUAUGGGUUUAUUGGUAAUAGUAGCAAGAGGUUUUAGUCAUGCGUUUGAUUACAGCACAGUGUGAAACCCUGAAGCAUACGUCGAGCUCUAAACUCUGUUUUGUCUAAUAAUCAAUUAUUUGAAUAUUGAAGGAUUAAAUUUGGUAACUUGAUGAUCACACAAUUAACAGGACAGGUCGACUGUGCUAGAUGGCUGCUGAGGCAAGACGGUUUAAAGCUUCAGACCGAGAUAUGGUCGUUUUGUAGGGAGAGGGUGCUAGAGUCAUUGCUAACAGCUUAACAGAAGGUAAAAUCCUGAACUUUUGUUCAUUGAUUAAAAAUCACCAUUCAGACAUACAAUCGUUCAGAUGUAAAAAUUAUUUAUUCACUAUUUUGGAUUACAUUUAGUUACAGGACUAACAUGCGACAUCCGUCGUUGACCUUUGUCUUUAAUUCAACAAGGUAGGGAGAGCGAUCCAUGGCUGUCCCGAUAGACCCACUCAGACUCCUGCCGGAAGAUACUCCUCCGGUUGAUCCAGAUGAGACAGUUCUAGCAGAUGAUCAGUUACAGACUGAAGAACAUAUCCCACAGAUCAAUGCGUCAACAUCUGCAAAUGAAGCUGAUAUCAGAAUCGACAUGAUGAUGGUACUACACGAGAUGCUCAUGGAAAAGGUCUCCGUUUGCUUUCCUCCUCCCACGAGCAGUACAAAGUGUGGGUUCAACUUUAAUCUGAUAGAAGAUAUCGUAUGCGGAACCCAAGCCCGGCCAUGUCUGUACAUAAUAACGAAAGAAACCGGUUAUGCUGCGAGGGCGUUUACCUCGAUAGAUGUUGAAAAUGCCCACAGCAUUAUAAAUCAUUUGGACCGCCGAGGGGUCCAAAACUCCUCAAUCGAAGAGCUUAGUAGACAUGCCAGCAACCUACAGAGACUUCAAAUUCUCAGGAAACCUCUCUAGGACGGAAGCUUUAUACUCCGACAUCCACAAUUUACCACGCCCCUGAGAUCGACAAAGGUCUUUCUGAUAGAUUGACUUCCAGCCAAUUCGAUCUAUCGAAGCCGAGUGGGAAGAACAAAGAACUGAAACCCCAUGGUCGCAACGAUGCUCCUCGCGGACAAGGGAGAGUUAGGGCCAUCGGUGGUCACAAGACUGGAUAAUAUUUAUUUUUUAAGCGUUGAGGUUGUCACGAAAGCGUACUGUAACGGGACUAUCAGAUUUGAGUGAUUUGAUUUUGUGAUUUGCAGUUCACGUGAUUUUAUUGUGAUUUUAGACUGUAAAAACUAUAAAGGUUCAAGUUGAACUAUCGUCGCCAUGAUUAUGUAUUUUGGAACUGUUCACGUUGAAAUUGCUUCGUUAA